GUUCAGUCUUCUCGUUCGUCUUCCUCCAAAACUUCUGCAACCUGCAUGCUGAUUACUGGCUUCUGACUCUACUUUUAACCCUUCAUCUAUGUCAUGCCGGCAGUUCCCUUCGUCGUACAAGUGCUCGUCACGACCACCGCCCCACUACCUAAAACGCAACCACCAUUGCUGUAAUCCCCGCCGUAACAAUCACCCACCGCAGGAUUCCACCACCACCCAUUAUGUUCCUCUUAACUUCAUUAUCCACCUCCAAACCGACCCCGCGGCUACUGUUUCCGAAAAGAAGCCUGACCUUCACUCUCUCAUCUCCGAAUGCAAACCAUCUCCUGGGCGCACCAUCUUUCCUGCCACAGGUCCGGUAAUAGUCUCCUUGUAUUUCCGGGAAUGGAACCAUACUCUCGCCUUCAUCACCAACCUGUGGGACCUUCGGCUUCGUGGGGUACACACCUUGAACCCGAAACUCCAAUCCAACGUCGUCGUUCCCUCAGAUAUUGAGGAGCUGCAACAAAGCCUCAAAACCCUGUUUAUCAACCACGUAAAUGAGUUAGUCAACGGUGAGUUAGUUGAUAAAUGGCAACAGAAACUAUCCCAGAAAUGUGACGAGAUCGCUGACGUGUCGCGUUGUCUUAAGAGGCGUAAUCGACUAGGAGUGUAUAACGAACUGAGCGAAAGGAAGAAGAGGCUGGUGGUGGAGAGGAAUUUGAUGGGAAGGAGAGUGAGGGAAUUUAAGGCAGCUAUGAGUUGUAUUUUGGGAUAUCUCGAAGGGGGCGGAGAGCUAGGGGACGAGGAGGAGGAUGGAGGUGUGCAGGUGUUCACGUUGGAGGGGGAUUUUGAUUGGGAACGCAUUCAUAGACUAGUUUUGAGGGAAAUUAGAAGACUGGAGGAUGGUCUGCCCAUUUACUCGCAUAGGCAGGAAAUUCUGAGGAAAAUUUGUGGCAAGCAGGUAAUUGUAUUAGUCGGGGAGACUGGUUCGGGAAAAAGUACACAGUUGGUCCAAUUUCUUGCUGAUUCAGGAAUCGCUGCCAAUGAAUCAAUCAUAUGUAUUCAACCCCGCAAGAUCGCAGCCAUCUCAAUUGCAGACAGGGUCAGAGAAGAGAGUAUAGGUUGCUAUGAAGAUAAUUCAAUCAUCUCUCUUCCAACAUUUUCAUCCACUCGUCAGAUUGAUUCCAAGGUAGUGUACAUGACAGAUCACUGUUUAUUGCAGUACUGUAUGAACGACAGGAGUUUAUCUGGGAUUUCAUGCGUCAUUGUUGACGAGGCUCAUGAAAGAAGCUUGAACACUGACCUUCUUUUGGCAGUGAUUAAAGGUUUACUCCUCCAGAGGUUUGAUUUAAGGCUUGUAAUAAUGUCUGCAACAGCUGAUGCAAACCAGCUGUCAGAUUACUUUUUUGGGUGUGAAAUUGUUCAUGUGGUAGGUAGAAACUUUCCAGUAGAUGUUAGGUAUAUCCCUUAUACCAUAGAGGAAACUGCUUCUGGUAUUGUUGCUCCAUAUGUAUUUGAGGCUGUGAGGAUGACGAUGGAGGUUCAUAAAACAGAGAAAGAAGGGACCAUUCUUGCCUUUCUAACUUCUCAGAUGGAAGUAGAAUGGGCUUGUGAGGAAUUUGAAACUCCCUCUGCAGUUGCAUUACCCUUACAUGGAAAGCUUUCUGGUGAAGAGCAACAUCGUAUUUUCGAAAAUUAUCCUGGGAAAAGAAAAGUUAUAUUUGCCACUAAUCUUGCAGAGACUUCACUUACAAUUCCUGGGGUCAAGUAUGUGGUUGACUCUGGCAUGGUCAAAGAGAGUAAAUUUGAUCCAGUCAGUGGCAUGAAUGUGCUCAGAGUUUGCAGGAUUAACCAGAGUUCUGCUUUGCAAAGAGCUGGUCGUGCUGGGAGAACAGGACCUGGAAUAUGUUAUAGACUCUAUUCAGAACAUGAUUAUGACUCGAUGUCUCUCAAUCAGGAACCUGAGAUUCGGAGAGUUCAUCUUGGUGUCGCGGUUCUGAGGGUACUUGCUUUGGGAGUCAGAAACAUACAGGACUUUGAUUUUGUUGAUGCUCCUUCUGCCUUUGCUAUUGACAUGGCCACUAGGAACCUUGUUCAGCUAGGUGCCAUCACGAAGAAAAAUGAUGUUUAUGAAUUAACUGAGGAAGGUUGCUACUUGGUUAAAUUGGGUAUUGAGCCUUGCCGUGGCAAGCUCAUUCUCAGUUGCUUUCAUCAUGGCUUGGGCAAAGAGGGCAUUGUUCUUGCUGCUGUAAUGGCAAAUUCCAGUAGCAUAUUUUGCAGAGUUGGUAACGAUGAUAAUAAGCUAAAAGCUGAUUGUCUUAAGGUGCAGUUUUGCCAUCACAAUGGUGACCUUUUCACUCUUCUCUGUGUGUAUAGGGAGUGGGAGUCUCUGCCUAGGGACAGAAGAAAUAAAUGGUGUUGGGAAAAUAGCAUUAAUGCCAAAACCAUGCGGAGAUGCCAAGAAAGUGUGAAGGAACUGGAAAUUUGCCUUGAAAAGGAGCUUCAUGUUACUAUUCCAACAGACUGGCAUUGGAAUCCUCAUAAGUCUAGUGAGCAUGAUAAAAAUUUGAAACAGGCCAUACUCUCUGCACUUGCAGAAAAUGUAGCCAUGUACUCAGGUUGUGAUAAACUUGGUUAUCAAGUGGCAUUGACUGGAAAGCAUGUUCAGCUACAUCCAUCAUGUUCAUUGCUAAUAUUUGGUGAUAAGCCAAGUUGGGUUGUUUUUGGUGAACUACUAUCCACAUUUAGUCAAUAUUUGGUCUGUGUUACUGCUUUUGACUUCGAAUCAUUGUGUAUGAUUUUUCCUCCUCCCUUGUUUGAUGCCCUUAAGAUGGAAAGUCAAAAGUUGCAAGUGAAGGUUAUGACAGGUUUUGGCAAUACUCUGCUCAAAAAGUUAUGUGGGAAAUCUAACAAUAAUCUUCUAUCUCUUGUAUCAGGAAUUCAGAGUGCCUGUGAGGAUGAGCAGAUUGUUGUUGAGGUAAAUGUUCAUCAGAAUGAGAUUCUCUUAUUUGCCACCUCAGAACACAUGGAAAAGGUGUUCAGCCUUGUAAAAGAAGCUGUGGAGUAUGAGCAAAAACGGUUGCGUAAUGAAUGCAUGGAGAAAUGUUUGUAUCAUGGAGUAGGGGUCUCGCCUUCUGUGGCACUUUUUGGAGCUGGUGCUGAGAUAAAGCAUUUGGAACUUGAAAGUAGAUGUUUGACUGUUGAUAUAUUUCUUUUUAGUUCAAAUACAGUUCAUGAUAGGGAGCUUUUGAUGUUUCUUGAGAAAUUUGUUUCUGGAGGUAUUUGUGCUGUCCACAAAUCUACAGGCUUUGGACAAGAUGGUGAUGUAAAGGAUAAGUGGGGCAAGGUAACAUUUCUUACUCCUGAUGCUGCUAGAAAAGCUGCUCAGCUGAAAGAAAUGGAAUUCAGUGGCUCCUUACUGAAGGUACUGCCAUCGCAAACAACCUUUGAAAGUGAUCAUAAAAUGUUUUCAUUCCCUGCUGUCAAAGCAAAGGUUUAUUGGCCUCGUAGGUGCAGCAAAGGGUUUGCAGUUGUUAAAUGUGAUAUGCAUGAUGUUGAAUCCAUGAUGUGUGAUUUCUCUAUUAUAUCAAUAAGAGGAAAGAAUAUUCGGUGUGAAGUUAGUAGAAAAAGUCCAGAUUCUAUUAUUAUAAGCAGAAUUGAUAGAGAACUUUUUGAAGAUGAUGUUUUAGAUGUAUUAAGGGGGGCUACAAGGAGGAGAAUCCUGGGUUUUUUCAUUGUGAGGGGAGAUGCUGUAGAAAAUCCUGCGCGGGGUGCUUGUGAAGAAGCGCUUCUAAGAGAAAUAUCUUCCUUUAUGCCUAAAAGCAAUCCUCACACUAGCUGUUGCAGAGUCCAAGUCUUACUACCUGAACCCAAGGAUGCUUUUAUGAGAGCUUUGAUCACCUUUGAUGGAAGAUUACAUAUGGAGGCAGCAAAGGCCUUGGAGCAUAUGGAAGGGAAAGUGUUACCUGGAUGUCUUUCUUGGCAGAAAAUAAAGUGCCAGCAGUUGUUUCAUACCUCACUUUCCUGCUCAGCAUCUGUCUAUUUUGCAAUUGAGAAGGAACUGAAUUCUCUCCUUGCAAGCUUCAAGCAUCUGAAGGGUGUAGAAUUCAGUCUAGAAAAGAAUGAAAAUAGUUCCUACCGGGUAAGAAUAUCUGCCAAUGCCACAAGAACUGUUGCAGAGCUGAGAAGACCUUUGGAAGAGCUCAUGAAAGGACGAAUAAUAAAUCAUGCGAGCCUCACUCCCACUAUUUUAACACAUUUGUUCUCCAGACAGGGUAUCAAUCUGAUGAAGUCAAUACAGAGGGAAACUAAAACAUACAUCUUAUUUGACAGAUGGAACUUCAAACUAAGGAUCUUUGGUUCUUCAGACAAUGUUGCUUUUGCCCAGCAGAAGUUGAUUCAAUCCCUUCUGACAUACCAUGAGAGCAGGCGACUUGAGAUUCAUCUCAGAGGUGGAACUCUGCCUCCUGAUAUGAUGAAGAAAGUAGUUAAGAAGUUUGGCCCAGACCUUUAUGGGCUCAAAGAGAGGGUACCUGAGGCAGAGUUUACACUUAGCACCCGUGGCCACGUUAUCUAUAUUCACGGAAGCACGGAAUCGAAGCAAAAAGUGGAAGAAAUAAUUUUUGAGAUUGCACAGACAAGUGCUGAUUCAGCUGAGACACUUGAUGAUGAAGCUACCUGUCCCAUUUGCUUGUGUGAAGUUGAGGAUGGUUACCGGCUUGAAGACUGUGGACAUUUGUUUUGUCGAUUUUGCUUGAUGGAACAAUUUGAAUCAGCCGUAAAAAACUUGGAUAGUUUCCCAAUAGGCUGUGCCCGUGAGGGCUGUAGGGCUCUCAUAUUGCUUUCAGAUAUCAGGUGUCUGUUGUCUGGUGAGAAGAUGGAGGAACUCUUUAGGGCUUCUGUGGGGUCAUUUGUAGCAUCAAGUGGGGGAACCUACAGGUUUUGCCCAACUCCUGACUGCCCUUCUGUAUAUCGAGUUGCUGGUCCUGAGACAUCUAAACCAUUUGUCUGUGGAGCGUGUUUUGCAGAAACUUGUACUGGGUGCCAUUUGGAGCAUCAUCCAUACCUUUCAUGUGAGAGGUAUGCAGCAUUCAAGGAAGAUCCCGACUUGUCAUUGAAGGAGUGGUGCAGGGGAAGAGAGAGCGUGAAAAACUGCCCGGUUUGUGGCUAUACAAUUGAAAAGGUCGAUGGCUGCAACCAUGUUGUUUGCAAGUGCGGGAGGCAUAUCUGCUGGGUCUGUUUAGAGUCCUUUAACAGUGGUCCUGACUGCUAUGGCCACUUGACUGCUGUACAUGGGGCCAUAAGCUUUUAGUUCACUUACAUUUUCUACUUGUUUUCUAGUCUUGUAUACAAGUAUAAAUAUAAUUAUAAACAAUAGUAUCCACGGCC